AUGUUUAAAUUAAAUCCUAAAAAGGUACUCAUCAAGACUCCCACUAUUUAUGAUUAUUAAGCUAAUUUACCUGUCGAAACUAGGAAAGCCAUUGUGCUACAUGUGAUGAAUAAGAAUCCAAAACUUAGAAUCAAAGGAGGAAAUUCAAUGACCAAUCCAUAUAAAAUACCCUAUGAAUUGGCUGUUGCAGACUAAAUUGAAUAAAUGGAAAAAUACAAAAAUUCCAUUCUUUGGUCACCCAGAAUGACUCCUAAAAAAUUCACUUUUACUUUCAUCUAUCCGAUGGGAUUUGCUUUAGUCUUACUUUGGUAUAUACAUAAUGUUGCGAUUCCGAGAAGAAUGGUUGAGAUGAAAAGAAAAUACGGUUACGUCUAUCCUGAAUUAGAAUCGAAGGGCUGGCUGGAUGGUUGGUGGGAUUAUGAGUAGGAAGAGACAGAGCAGAUAUUUGAUAUCAUCAAUAUGGAGUUCAAGAAAACAGAGGAUAAAGUUAGAAACAAACAAUAUACAGAUUUCACUAUUUCAGAUUUGCAAAACUUUGGAAACAAACCUACUUAUGAGAAUUCCGAAUAAACAGCUAACAUUACUAAAUCUGGAAAAUAAAUUAUGCAAACAAAGGAAAAAUAGAAAAUACAAUCCCAAUUUGAGAAGAUCUUAUAGUUGUAGACUAAACCAUCGCAAUGA